AAUAGAGACAGGUUCUUGCUCUGUUGCCCAGGCUGGAAUGCAGUGGCGUGAUCAUAGCUCACUACAGACUUGACCUCCCAGGCUCAAGCAGUCCUCCUGUCUCAGCCUCCUAAGCAGCUGGGACUACAGGUGUGCACCACCACACCCAGCUAAUUUAUUUAUUAUUUUUUGUUUAUUUUUGUUUUUUGAGACAGGGUCUCACUCUGUCGCCCAGGCUGGAGUGCAGUGGUGCAGUCUCGCCUCACUGCAACUUCCCCGCCUUCCUGGCUCAAGUGACCCUCCCCUCUCAGCCUCCUGAGUAACUAGGACUACAGGUGGGCACCACCAUGCCCAGCUAAUUCUUGUAUUUUUUUGUAGACAUGAGAUUUCUCCAUGUUGCCCAGGCUGAUCUCGAACUCCUGGCCUCAGACGAUUGUCUUGGCCUCUCAAAGUGCUGGGAUUACAGGUGUGAGCCGCCAUACCCAGCUGAUCAAGUUUUAGUAACAUUAAAAACAUUGUCCAUUAAAAGUUAGUCACUUAAGGAAUGCCGUUAAGUGAGAUUCCUACUCAGAGAAGAACUCUUGAUCCUUAUUGAGAUGAAGUGCUGGACAACCAAAGCCCUAAAGAAGGUGAGGGAGCUUGGCUUAUGGAUUCCUAGGGGAAGGAGCCUUCUGGACAGCAGGAAUGACAGUCGCACAGGCCCUGGGUAGGUCCUUGCGUGGGGUGCAGUUGAAAUGGUUCCUAAUUGGUUUUUUGUUAUGCAAAUAACAUGGGAUUGUUGUAAAAAAAUCAGGAAAUAGAGAAAGUAGGGGGAAUCAUCCAUAAUUCUUUUACCCAGAGAUAACAGCUGUUAACAUCUUGUUCUGUAUCCUUACCAACUCUAUAAAGCUCCUUAAGAUGUCACUUAUCAUCUAUAUGAGUUUGCUAGUGCUGUCAUAACAAAAUACCAUAGACUGGGUGGGGCUUAAACAACAAAUUUCUCACAGCUCUAGAGACCAGAAGCCCAAGAUCAAGGUGUCAGCAGGUUUUGUCACAUUCUGAGGUACUGGGAGUUAGGACUUAAGUAUAUAAAUUUGAGGGGAACACAGUUCAGCCCAUAGCACGAUCUGUGAACAAGUACCUCAGUCAUCAGCCUUCCUAUCAAUAUGGUUCUUUUGAUGUUCAUUUUUAUUAGUGCAGGCUUGUAAAUUAACCAGUAGUAAUGUAGUGACUUUUCUCCCUCUAGCCUAAUUAGGAUUAUUAAAGAUUUAGAUUGAACCCUUUCUGAACAAUAGUUGUGUUGUCUGGCUUUUUGCCUAUAAUGUCACCACUAUCUUUCAGUUUUAUGUUUGCUACAGGAGACUUAAUCCAGUAUAGCUGAAUAAUCCAGUUGGCUGCUGUGCAGAUGAAAAUGCCAGUGUUUUCCAAACAAGCAGUUCAAGAGUAAAAGUCCCUCGCAAUUUCCGACUGUUGGAAGAACUCGAAGAAGGCCAGAAAGGAGUAGGAGAUGGCACAGUUAGCUGGGGUCUAGAAGAUGACGAAGACAUGACACUUACAAGAUGGACAGGGAUGAUAAUUGGGCCUCCAAGAACAAUUUAUGAAAACCGAAUAUACAGCCUUAAAAUAGAAUGUGGACCUAAAUACCCAGAAGCACCCCCCUUUGUAAGAUUUGUAACAAAAAUUAAUAUGAAUGGAGUAAAUAGUUCUAAUGGAGUGGUGGACCCAAGAGCCAUAUCAGUGCUAGCAAAAUGGCAGAAUUCAUAUAGCAUCAAAGUUGUCCUGCAAGAGCUUCGGCGCCUAAUGAUGUCUAAAGAAAAUAUGAAACUCCCUCAGCCGCCCGAAGGACAGUGUUACAGCAAUUAAUCAAAAAGAAAAACCACAGGCCCUUCCCCUUCCCCCCAAUUCGAUUUAAUCAGUCUUCAUUUUCCACAGUAGUAAAUUUUCUAGAUACGUCUUGUAGACCUCAAAGUACUGGAAAGGAAGCUCCCAUUCAAAGGAAAUUUAUCUUAAGAUACUGUAAAUGAUACUAAUUUUUUGUCCAUUUGAAAUAUAUAAGUUGUGCUAUAACAAAUCAUCCUGUCAAGUGUAACCACUGUCCACGUAGUUGAACUUCUGGGAUCAAGAAAGUCUAUUUAAAUUGAUUCCCAUCAUAACUGGUGGGGCACAUCUAACUCAACUGUGAAAAGACACAUCACACAAUCACCUUGCUGCUGAUUACACGGCCUGGGGUCUCUGCCUUCUCCCCUUACCCUCCCGCCUCCCACCCUCCCUGCAACAACAGCCCUCUAGCCUGGGGGGCUUGUUAGAGUAGAUGUGAAGGUUUCAGGUCGCAGCCUGUGGGACUACUGCUAGGUGUGUGGGGUGUUUCGCCUGCACCCCUGGUUUCUUUAAGUCUUAAGUGAUGCCCCUUCCAAACCAUCAUCCUGUCCCCACGCUCCUCCACUCCCGCCCUUGGCCGAAGCAUAGAUUGUAACCCCUCCACUCCCCUCUGAGAUUGGCCUUCGGUGAGGAAUUCAGGGCUUUCCCCAUAUCUUCUCUCCCCCAUCUUUAUCGAGGGGUGCUGCUUUUUCUCCCUCCUCCUCAAGUUCCUUUUUGCACCGUCACCACCCAACACCUUCCAUGACACUUCCUUGCUUUGGCCAGAAGCCAUCAGGUAAGGUUGGAAAGAGCCUCUGACCUCCCUUGUUUAGUUUUGGAACCGUACUCACUCACUCUCCACCAGCCUGGGAAAUGAAUAUUGGGUCCUCAGCCCUGCCACCCUCUGCUGUCAUCAGCUGAUGCAUUGUUUUUAGCUCAGGUUUUGAUAAGGUGAAACGAAUAGUCACCAGGGUUACUCAGACCUGCCAGCUCUCGGAGUCCUUGGUGGUUGAACUUGGAGAAAGACCACAUGAAGAUACUUGUAAGCACACAUGAUCCCUCUGAAUUGUUUUACUUUCCUGUAAUUGCUUUUGCUUUUAAAAAUUGAAGAAGUUUUAAACAGGGCUUUCAUUUGGUCAUCCUUGCAAUCCAUUGGGGUCUAGUUUGGAAUCUGACAACUGGAACAAAAAGAACCUUGAAUCCGGUGCAUGCCUUGGUUUUGGUGCUGCUGCUGCUUCCCAAGAUCCUCAGCAGGGAUUAAGAAAGAACCCGGUGUGCACAGCAGAUCCCCGAAAUUGGUGGGCUUGACCUCCUGGCAAAUUGCUGCGUCUUUCCACUUGCUGUUCAGGACCACUAAAUGCUGAAAUGUGGAUGCAUACCGAAAUAAAAGCAAUUCAUUGUGUACUAAAGGUUUUUUUUUUUUUUUUAAUUUAGUAUUUGUGUAAAACCACCUUUUGAAGCAGCAACUAUCAAGUCUGAAAAGCAACUGAUGUUUCCAUUAAUCUUUUUCUGGGGGGAAAACCUUAGUUCUAAGGAUUUAACAUCCUGUAAGUGAAGUUUAACAUAACAGUAUUCCAUAAGCAGCCUUUUUAUUGUCAGACCAUUGCCUGAUUUUAAUAUAAUAAAAAGUGUGCGUUAAUAUUUAA